GGUCACCCUAAUGGAAUCAACCACCAGGCUCUCCGCUGGCAGCCUCGACUGUCACCGGUUGACGUCUCAAUGUGUCGAACCUUCUAGAAUUGCUUAUGCGAGAUUAUUGUGUGAUGUAGAAUCGUUAAGUCACGUUUUUAAUAGCCAAAUAAAUUAUACGUUUUUAUAGUUAAAAACCCACGAUUUCGUUGCCCAAAUGGGCCGCCUCGCUACAUCACAACAGUGGCGACGAGUAUUUACGUAGUUUAUGUCGGUUUCGCCGGUUUCGCGUAGUGAAAACUCCGUCGGAAAAUUAUCACGACGCCGCCGACGAAAAGGAGAAAGCGCACAUACAGCGCAAUGGAGGAGUCGCAGCAAGCAUCGGGAGUCAAUCCACCCGGUCAUAACCAAAACGGGCAUCACCAUCAGAAUGCCCAGCAGCAGCAGCAUCCUUCACUGCCACAUCAGCUUCCUCCACAACAACCGCAACAGCUUCUACAACCUCCUCAGCAGCAUCCUCCACCUAACCUCAACCAACCGCAGCUUGGAUCCACGAACGAUGCCCUCAUCCUGCAAAUAUUGCAGUACCUGCAGCAUCAACAGGCCGUUACGAAUCAGAUCCUCCAACAGCAGCGUGAGUUCCAGCAACAGCAGCAACAGGGCGUGCUUCAGCAGGAAGAGGCGAUUUUUCGGAACGCUAUGCAAUCCAUCCAAGUGAACGUCCCUCCUAAUCCGGAACUCAUCUUGGACUCGUUAGCUGCGAACAUUAAGGAAUUCCUCUACGAUCCAGAAGCCAGUUCCACCUUCGGGUCGUGGUAUGCCAGAUACGAAGACCUUUUUGCGAAAGACGCCGAACGGAUCGACGACGGCGCGAAGGUACGGUUGCUUCUCCGUCGGCUGGGAACCCAAGAGCAUUACCGUUAUGUAAGCUACAUCCUGCCGAACACACCGAAAGAUUUCCCGUUUUCGGAGACGGUGGAGAAGCUACGGGGUCUUUUUGGUACCAAGGAAUCAGCAGUGAAGAAGCGGUAUUCCACACUCACCAUCGCAAAAUCACCCACGGAGGACUACGUCUCCUAUGCCUGCCGGGUGAACAAGAUGUGUGUGGAAUUUGAGUUGUCCAAAAUGUCCGAGGCCCAAUUCAAAUGCUUGAUGUUUGUUUGUGGGCUAAAGUCAGAGCGUGAUUCGGAGGUACGGACAAGGCUGCUGACGAGGAUCGAAGACAACAACAGUGUCAACCUGGAUUCGCUCAUCGAAGAAUGCCAACGGUUGAUGAACCUGAAGAGUGAUACGGCCAUGAUUGAGAAUCCAGUGGCCCCAGCAGUUCAAGCCAUCAAGGGAAAGCAGCAAUACCGGAAGCCGUUCAAAAAGCCUUUCAGCGAGCAACGUUCAAGUCAGCAGCAUCAACGGCAGCAACAACCACGGAAGAGUGGUCCGGCAUCGCCUUGCUGGAAUUGUGGCGCGAUGCACUAUGCACGAGACUGCACUUUCGCCAACCAUAAGUGUUCGUCCUGUCAACAGUUGGGGCAUAAAGAAGGCUAUUGUUCCAGCGCCAGGAGAUCAGCCAAGGGUAGGAGAUCCAACGAUAAGCAGUUCUCCACCAAAACCGUCGUGUCCGUCAACAGCGUUCAAGGCAAGCGCCGUUUCGUUUGGGUAAAACUCAACAACAUCCCGGUGCGACUUCAGUUGGACACAGCAUCCGACAUCACCAUCGUGUCAAAGGAGGUGUGGGAGCGAAUUGGUAAGCCAGUAGCAGUCCCCACUUUGCAAAACGCCAAAACUGCAUCCGGGGAGGACCUCCGCCUCGAAUUUGAGUUCCUCUGCGAAGUUUCCCUCAACGAAUCCGUGAGUACUGGUCACAUUUACGUUUCUAAUAAUCCGUUGAAUCUUUUGGGGAUCGAUUUCAUCGACAAACUGGACCUCUGGUCGUUACCGAUGGACAAGUUUUGUAAUCUCGUCAACGGUGAUGUGCCAGUCGACGCCGGUUCACUGCAGAAGGUCUAUCCUGAACUCUUCAGCCCGACCCUGGGACUCUGCACAAAAACCAAAGUGAGUUUGGCACUGAAGGAGGCAUGCAAACCUGUUUUUCGGUCUAAGCGGCCGGUGUCAUACGCCAUGCUACCCACUGUCGACGCGGAGCUUGAUCGAUUGGAAAGUCUGGGCAUAAUAACACCAGUGGAUUUUUCGGAGUGGGCGGCUCCGAUCGUCGUUGUUAGGAAGUCGAACGGGAGCAUCCGGAUAUGUGGCGAUUACUCCACGGGGUUGAACGACCGCCUACUCCCCCACCAGUACCCUCUACCCUUGCCGCAGGACAUUUUCUCGAAGUUGACUGGCUGCACCGUUUUCAGUCAGAUAGACUUGUCCGACGCUUUCCUUCAAAUGGAAGUCGACGAAAGCAGCCGGAAACUACUCACCGUCAAUACUCACCGGGGCUUGUACCAAUACAACAGGCUUCCUCCGGGAGUCAAAGCAGCUCCUGGAGCUUUCCAACAAUUGAUGGACGUUAUGCUAGCCGGACUUCCUUUCACGUCGGGAUACCUCGAUGAUGUCAUCGUCGGAGGCAGAACCGUUGAGGAGCAUCGACGAAAUUUGCAUGCAGUUCUCCAACGGAUCCAGGAAUUCGGCUUCACGAUCCGUCCAGAAAAGUGCUCUUUUGGACAAGAACAACUCGGAUAUUUGGGCCUUUUGCUCGAUAAAGAUGGUCUGCGCCCAGAUCCGAACAAAAUUAAGGCAAUCCAGGAUAUGCCACCGCCACGCGACCUUACGGGUGUCCGCUCCUUCUUGGGCGCCGUUAAUUAUUACGGGAAAUUCGUCCCGAAUAUGCGUUCACUGAGAUACCCGCUGGAUGAACUUCUCAAAUCUUCUUCUACCUUUAGGUGGACUGCUCAAUGCCAGAAGGCUUUUGACGACUUCAAGGCGAUUCUCUCGUCGGACCUUUUGUUGGCACACUACGAUACCCGUCAAGAAAUAGUGGUGUCAGCUGAUGCGUCGUCGAUUGGCAUUGGGGCUACCAUCAGCCACAAGUACCCUGAUGGCAAAAUGAAGGUUAUCCAGCAUGCAUCACGGGCAUUGACGACCACCGAAGAGAAGUACUCGCAACCAGACCGUGAAGGAUUGGCGAUUGUGUUUGCCGUGACCAAAUUUCACAAGUACAUCUUCGGCAGACACUUUCGGCUACAAACGGAUCAUGCUCCACUUUUGCGCAUCUUCGGGUCCAAGAAGGGUAUACCAGUGUAUACAGCUAAUCGCCUUCAACGCUGGGCCCUUACCUUGCUCUCCUACGACUUUUCGAUGGAAUAUGUCUCAACCGAUAAAUUCGGAAAUGCAGAUGUGCUGUCGCGCCUGAUUGAUCAGCAUAUCAAACCCGACCAAGAUUUUGUGGUAGCCUGUACAACACUCGAAGAAGACCUGAAAUCCGUAGCCACCAGUACAGUCAGCCAACUGCCACUAAGUUUCCGAAUGGUGGAGCAAGCUACUCGAUCCGAUCCAGUUCUUCGGAAGGUGUACGGUUUCGUCAAACACGGAUGGCCGAAGAAACGUUCGGAUGUGAAGAGCAAGGAGUUACUGCGCUACUACGAUCGCCAAGAAGCACUGUCCAUCGUCGAAGGAAGCAUCAUGUUCAGCGACAGGUUGGUUAUCCCGGCCCUCUACAGGAAGCGGUGUCUGGUCCAAAUGCACAAAGGGCAUCCAGGGUAG